AGACCACUGUCCUGACAGAAUGAACAUGCAAGUCAUGCAGAGUGUUGUGUGGGCAGUGCUACUCUGGCCCUGUCUGGUGUCCUUGGGUGUCCCUCUGGAGUGUAAGGACGAGCAGGGCAACAUCAUACUUUGUGCCUCCAUCUCCAAGGAGAAACUACUGGACCGGGUCAUCCAACACGCCGAGCUCAUCUACCGUGUCUCUGAGGAGUCCUGCACUCUGUUUGAGGAGAUGUUUGUCCCUUUCCCUAUGCGCUCCCAGAGGAACCAGGCAGGAUACACGUGCGCCACCAAGGCCUUCCCCAUCCCAGGCUCCAAAAGCGAAAUCCAGCAGAUCUCAGACAAGUGGCUCCUCCACUCUGUCCUAAUUCUGGUCCAGUCCUGGAUUGAGCCAUUGGUGUACCUGCAAACCACCUUGGAUCGCUAUGACAACGCCCCCGACACUCUACUCAAAAAGACCAAAUGGGUGUCAGAAAAACUCCUUAGUUUGGAGCAAGGAGUGGUGGUCCUCAUCAGGAAGAUGCUGGACGAUGAUAUGCUGACCACCUCCUACUACAAGCAGGGUGUGGCUCCGUACGACCUGCAGCCUGAGGUGCUGGAGUCAGUUCUGAGGGACUACACUCUGCUCAGUUGCUUCAAGAAGGACGCCCACAAGAUGGAGACCUUCCUCAAGCUCCUCAAGUGUCGCCAGACUGACAAAUACAGCUGUUUCCUUCGCUAGAGAACAACUAUUCCCACCCCAUUCAAACCCUACUAUUAUAUGGAAUAAACAAGACACUACCCCGCAUAAUAAGGCUAGCUUAAAAAAAAAUCCUCCCUGCUUCUGGUGCCCCCUUAUUUGCCUUAAACACAUAGUGAGGUCGACUGAUAUGACCACUGCCUUAGGGUGUCUUACCUCGUGCCUGGUUCAAUACAGUAUGUCAGCAACUGACUGUUUCCAAACAUUUUCGUAAGUGUAAUGGUUUGCCACUUUUUUAGAAAAGCUGCAUUUUAUAUUUUCCUCUAUAUUUGUUUUACUUGGCUAGGCGUUGCAGGGCCAUCCCAAAGGAUGAUUUGCAUCUUGCUAUGUCAAAAAAAGAGAAAAAAAAUUGCAUAUUUUCCCAUUGAUUCAAAUUUUCUUUGUUCUUAACUGGAGUUUGUAUUCCUCCCUGGUUCUGCAUUGUUUUUAUUAUUUCUGUUGCCCCUUGUGUAUUCGGAGAGAUUCUGUUCUUCUAGUUGAGCUGGCUUCACCUCUGCAUUAGUGAAAUGAAACACACUCAGUAGGAGACGGGAGUCAAAGGAAGAGCAGACGCUGCAGACAGAGAGAAGGUCUAGAGAUAUUCUGACAGGUAGAGAAGAGAUUAAAAAAAGUAGUAUUGAAAGAGGAAUUGGACAGGAGAGUAAAAAAAUUAAAAUGGUUUGUUGGACAGGAUAUGAAGUAGCAUUAUUUUUAAUUAUGCCCAUACCAGAUAGUGUUUAUCUCAAAUUUACACAGAGGUCAGAAUGAGGUGUUAAGAAAAGGACUAUUUUUAGAUUGAAAAAUACCUUGAUGAUGCUUGUAACUGGCAAGACCAAAAUAGGAAAAUGGACAAUCAAUGUGUCUUUGUUAUUUUAAAUGGAACAUUGCUGGAGGGUUAGCAUGAAACUGUUCCACUGGUCCUAUAGCAAUGCUUAGCAAAGAGUAGAGAUAUCCAUGUGCCAUAAACAAAUGAAAGGACAUAACCAUCAGUAACUGAAGAGAAGGGAAUUUUCUCUGAUCUGAAAUAUUGGCUUUGUGAGAAUGCAUUUGGUCAAAGAUAUGGUUCAAAAGAUAUGGUUUAAUUAACCUUCUUAGCUAUGACAGAGAAGCUAAAGGAAGUAUCAGGACAGACUAAUUACAAACUUGGACUAAAAGCUCCUGUAUGCAACCCAAAGGCACCAUUUUAAACACAUCUUCUAGAGUUUUUGUAUCCCCAUGGCAACACUGAUGGUCUGUUAUUAAGGGAAACAUUGCAAGGGUGGAAAGGGGUACACUGCCCAACCCCCCUGCGUUAUAACCCAUCGUCGUUCCUCCUAAUACUAAAGUAUAUCUGGUUUCAGGAAAAUUACUCACCUUUUCUGCUGUAAGAGCUCAAAGCUUCCCUAACAGUAACUAGGCAAUAUGUCAAAAUGUUCCCGUUUAUAAUGAAAAAUGUGUUCCUUGGAAAUGUCUCAGUUGUAAAAUUAUCUGUAGAUAAUAAUUAUGUGUAUUUCAAGCCACGUUAUCAAAAUACGGCUUUAGUAGAAAAGGCACAGCAUGUUUGUGAUUAUCAAUAAAGACAAUAGUUUGUGUUGUAAA